AUGAAUUAUUCAUCACCAAAUAUUAAAAUUUGUUGUCUAUAUACUAACCUUCUAACCAUGUUCCAUUUCAGGUGUGAGUACCAUUCCUCAUCCUCCAAGCAGGCAGAGGUGGUAACUCAUGAUGUCUCACCAACGUCAACACACUCGUCUCCACUCAUCUCGGCUCGUAAACCUCCUGGUUGGCAUAUACAGUUUUUCAUCAGAAUAGAUCUGGGGCGUUCUUACCACACGUAUCCUCGUCUGGGGGGGCCAUUCUGGAGCUUGGAGGAAGCUGAAAAGGCUAUCAAAAGCCAUCUUGAUGGCCUGCGCUCUCCAAUAAUGUGCAGAGAUGGGCUAUCGCCGGCGGAGGUUGCAGUGCGACAUCGCCUUUAUUGGCCUGAUGGCACAAGGAAGAAGUCGUCCGAAGGCAAUCCCGGGCGUAGGAAUAUGAACCUAUUGGUUCAAGCUUUACUGGAUAAAUACAAUGAAGAUCACCAUCUUUUGGGGGAUCUUGCAUAUGAACUUGAUAAUGUUGUGUGCUCCCGACAAAUUUACGAGGAGGAGGGCGGCCUUAUUAACAAAUUCUAUCAUAUCAAUUUGACUGCAAAAACCAAAGGAGAUGAUGGUUUUCACAGUGGUGUCGACAAUCUAUUCUUUGGUGAAAUCACACGAAUAGAAGGCGAAAAUGAAGAAUACAUGCUCAAUUGUUUCUGUAUGGUUAAACCUAUUGACAAUGGCGCAUGCUCAGGUUGUACGAAGUACGGGGAGUGUGAUUUGAAGCACCCUGUUGAUGCUGAUAAAUACAAAGGUGGCCACUCUACCCCGGUCAUUCAGUGUCGUGGUAUCAAUCAUACUCCUUUCUUGCAACCGGAUGUACCUGUAUACAUCCGGAAUAAGCAGGAUUGGUUGGAGUUUGAGAAGGCUAUGUUGGCGAAGGAGGAGGCUAAGAUAAGAUAUAUAUAUGAGUGCCCUGCUGAUUCUCCUAUUCAAGCAAAAGUGGAUGGUGCAAGAAUGCCUGCUUGUUUGGCCAAGGGACAAGAGGAUGCUGGUUUGGCCAAGGGACGAGAGAGUGCUGGUUUGGCCAAGAGAGGAGAGGGCGCUGGUUUGGCCAAGAGAGGAGAGGAUGCUGGUUUGGCCAAGCGAGAGGAUCACCAGGGAAGCGUGAAGUACAUUGUACCUGCUAGGCGUGGGAUGGUGUUUUGA